AUUCUCUGUCCUCAAAGUUUUAAUGAUAUCUUCUUUUCUUUUGAUAUUUUUUUAAAAUAUUUUUAGCUUAUAUGGCAUGCUAUUAUAUUUCAAUUUAACUUUUGCUAUUUUUUUCCUGUGUUCUCUGGUUGAGCUAACUAAAUAAAAAGAUAAAUAUGAUAACCUGGUGAUUAGUUUUGCUUUUUUAGGGGUUAGUUGUACUCUCGAUGUAUACAUUCUUGCUUCAUUUUCAAUGGAAUUUGCAGGUUCUCAAUUAACUGGAGGUAAAAUAGAAAUAUGUUCAUGGGAUGUCAGAACAAAAGACUCUGCAACUGUAACCAAUGAACUACUCUGUUUAAGAUGUAUUGCUUGUUUCAUUGACACGCUAGGUGCAUGGUGUGUAAAAGGCUGAUUACAAAAUUCAAUAAAACUACAAUCCCUUUUAGAAGUUUAGAAGCCACUUGUAUUACCACUUGUAGCAGCUGGCACAGCUUGGUUAGCACUUGUAGCAGCAACUAAAGGAAUGGAUAUCAAAAUAAUAGAAAUCCUUGAAGACAAUGUGUCUUUGGACUGGCAAAGGUUUUCUCGUUGCUCUGAAUUUACAGACGAAUGUUCAAUUAAUGCUAUUAUCAAGUAUAUAAAUGAUGAUGAAUUUGUAGAUAAAAAUAAUAAAUCGAAAUUGAGAUCUCUAUUGAAAAUACUUUAUGAACAUCAUCCUGAGGAUUACAAAAAAUAUAUUGUAGAUUCAUUAAAGCAUAUAAAGAGAAAUGAUGUGCUAAAAGAUUUAUCAAAUUUAGGUUUGUCAAACAUAUCUGUUGCACUAAAACAUUUCUAUAUUCAAACCUAUGAAAAAGUUGAUGAACUUCAACCACCACUUAAAACACCUGCUAGUGUUUCUAUAUCAAAAAAAUUUGUUGACCUGUGUAUUGUUGAUCCGAUAGAGGUCAAUAUCAAUACUAUUUAUAGUGAUGAACGAAUGAAUUAUCUUAAGAAGCAAAUGAGUUAUAAGCCAAUUCCAUACAAUGAAGUAUUUAUGAAAGAAAAAUCUCUUUUAUUAAUCUCAGGUAUAGCAGGAAUCGGCAAGUCUUGGUUACUCAGAAAAUGUUUGAUUGAUUGGGCUAAUAAUCUUAUUUGGAAAAAUGUUGGUUUUGUGUUUUUUUUUGAAUGUAGAAGACUCAAUCAAUAUCAAAAUAUUUCUAAUAUAAAUGAAUUGCUCGAUUUUUUCUACAAAGAUUUUGUAAAUGAUUUAAAUAUCAAUAACCAUAAUGUAAUAUUUAUGAUUGAUGGGUUAGACGAGUUUAAAUAUUUAAAUGAUUUAAUAAAUUACAAUUCUAGUUCCCAAUACCCAAUUGUUAAUGUUCUAGCAGAAAUUCAAAAAUACAAAUCUGUGGUAGCUGGAAGAGUAUAUGCUAUAGAUCAGUAUCUGAAUGUUUGCUGGAUGGCAAAGGGUCAUAAUGAAAAGUUAGCAAUUCAAAUAAUGGGUUUUAAUCAAAAUGGAAUAAAUAAUUAUAUAGAACUUAAUGUUAUUGAUGAAGUAAAAGAUGCUAUAAAAGUUGUUUUCAAGCAAUCUCCAAUUGUAAAAGCCAUGGCAUCGGUUCCAUUUUAUUUAUCUUGUAUGUGUAAAAUUAUUGCCAACUCAGAACAAAGAAUCAAGUUUUCAUUAUUAACAAUGACAGAUUUGUAUGCAAGUAUAUUUUUAUAUUUUAUUCAAAAACAUAUUAGCAAAAAAGAUUUACCAAUGUAUGAGAUGAUGAUAAUCAAUUCUAAUCGGGAAUACAUUUUCAAUAUAUGUAAAAUUGCAUAUCAAUUUUUUGUUGAAAAUAAAGUAAUUUUUUCAAAAGAUGAAAUUCAAACUUUUUUCAGUGACUGUAAUAAAGUUGAAGUUGAACUUUUUGGAUUUAUAGAAAGGAUUGAAACAAAUCUAGGCUAUCAUUAUCAGUUUGCACAUAUGACAAUAAUGGAGUUCUGUGUUUCAGUAUAUGCGUAUAACAAUUUUAGUGGUGAGGAGAUUAUUGACAAUGAUAAAUUAAAAAGUUGCUUACCAAUGAUUUGUGGAUUAAUUAAUAAAAGUCAAAAGAGUUUAAUGAAGUUUCUUGUUAACUUGAAUAAUUCAAACAAAGAAAAGAUAUCAAUGGCUCAUAUUUGUAGUAAGUACAUUUAAUUAUCUAAAG